CAAGCUGCAAGGUGAGUUGUGUGCUGCUCUCCGGUCUGUGCAGGAGUGCGCGCUGCAGCCGUGCGCCUCGCCCCUCCCAUCCCUCCGCUUAAACUCUCCUCUGUGCUCACCAAUAAAGCGCUUUUUGUCCAGGGAGUCAGCACUUGAGCGCAUUCCUUGACGUGGAGGUUGGUGUACCUCUCCAAGGAUUUGAUGAAGACCGUGUAAGUUUAAUAGGUACAUAGAGACUUUUUUUAGAGAGCGCAAAUUCGGGAAAACUACGAGGUCUGGAGUUAUAUCGCUGAACUGCUUCACUUGGAUAAAGACCCAAGCGCGACUGCGCUCCCAACUUUACUUCUUCGAAGUUCGGGGGAAGGAAAACUUGAAAUCAAGAAAAGUGGAGCAGGAGUAGAGGAGGAAGCUUCUUCACUGGGCUGAGCAUGGAGAGAGAAAGAGUCUGCACCAUGAAGGUCUUUCUCACUCCACUGAUGCCCUUGCUACUCCUCCUCAUCCUUCCUGAUGGCAUCUCUUCCAGUGACUGCCCAAAGGAUUGCUCCUGUUCCAUACCAGAAUCCAUCUUAUGUUACCAGAGACACUCUUCUACCAUUCCCAAGGGAGUGCCUCCAUUCACAAAAAGUCUCUACCUCUUUGCCAAUGGCAUUGAGAGCUUGACAGCUGAGGACUUUGAUGGUAUGGAGAACCUGGAAAUGCUGGACCUCAGUCAAAACAAACUGACUGAACUUCCUGAUAGGGUGUUUGAGCCCUUGACGUCAUUGAGAAACCUGGAUCUGUCAUCCAACCAGAUAACCCACAUUUCAAAGGAAUGUUUCCAGGGUAUGGCACUGCUAGAGCGCCUUUAUCUGUAUAGUAAUCUUAUCAAGACCAUCCACCCUGCAGCCUUUAAUGGCUUGGAGCACCUGCUGGAACUCAAAAUGCAGGGCAACCAGUUGACAUCCCUGCCUGCUCUCUCAAUGCCCCGACUGCUGCUGCUGGACCUACGCUUCAACGUCUUACCCACCUUGGGUCCUUCAGACCUCCAGACCCCAAACCUGGAGUCACUCAGAUUGGGUGGUGUGGGGCUCACCAGCCUGAAUAAGGAGCUCAUAGGUAGUCUGAAGAACCUCCAUGAACUGGACAUUUCAGGAAACCAGCUUGAGUCCUUCCCCUCAGUGCUAAGGGAGAUCCAGGGGCUGAUUCACCUCAGCCUGGCUGGGAACCCAAUGGGUCCUAUUAAGGUUCAGGACCUUCAGAACCUUGGGGAGUUGCAGGAGUUGGACAUCAGCAGCCUCAGUCUACAGGGCCUCCCCGAAGAGUUCUCCCAGUUCUUCCCCCACCUCAGAAAACUCACAGUAGCAGAGAACCCCUUCAACUGCCUCUGCACCUUAGCGUGGUUUCCAAGAUGGCUGAGAGCUCAGAGCAUCACCCUGGAGAGAACAGAGGAGACCCGCUGCCAUUUCCCACCAAUCAAUUCUGGAAAGGUAUUGGAAAGACUGGAGCACAGGGAUUUUGGCUGUCCUACCACGACUACAGUCACCACUAGUACUGUCAAAACUACUACUUCCCUGCCUGUUCCUGUCACUACUUUGCCAAGUACUACUAGAGCUAUUCCAGUCCCCAGGGCUAGUGACGAUCCCACAGACAAAGAUGGUGACUUUGCCUUGGCCCCUGUUCCUGCAUCGCCCAGUAGCAGCAGCAUGGACCAAGGAGAGGACCAGCAUUUCUGUCCCUCUCACACGUGUCUGAAUGGGGGUACUUGUCGUUUGGACCAGCGCGGUCAGGUAGAGUGUACUUGUCCACAUGGCACUUCUGGCAUGUAUUGUGAAGUCCAAAAGAAAGACCCGCCUUCACCGCCUGAAGCUGCAAUCCCCAUGGCAACUGUGGCUCCAGAUGCACCAGACAUCAGCUCACAUGAAGUAACAGCAACCUCAAUCCUGGUGGACCUUCACCGCUACAUUGAAAUGCGGCCUUACAUCCGUGGAAUUCGCCUAACUUACCGCAAUCUCUCUGGGCCAGACCGCAGGCCAAUUCAACUCAGCCUGCCUGCAACCUUCCCAGAAUAUAGACUCAGGGGUCUGAAGCCUAACUCCACUUACACUGUGUGUGCUAGUCCACUAGGUGCUCCUAGUGGCAUAGACAGUGUCUGCACUGAGGCCCAUACGGCCCCUGAAAUCAUCAGUAGCCCUGAUGCACAGGUUACUGACCCAAGGCUGACCACUAUGCUGGUACCUGCAGUUGCCAUCUUGCUGCUGCUGGUACUGAUUGCAAUAGGAGUGGGAGUGGUAUGCUAUCUUCGCAGAAAGAGGACCAAAGGCCACUUGGACCUAGACUGUGAGCCCUCCCAGGUGGAGCUGGAUGGAGUUAAGGCUGGUUUGGACAAUGGGGCACUGCCUCAAAAACAGCCCCAAAUUAUGAUCCCUGAACCUGCUGUUCAGAAUGGCAAUCUGGAAUAUGAGGUGUUGCUACUACAGGAUCACUGUACAUCAAAUAACAAUAUGUCUUCACACAAGCCCUCCUACUUUUGACACCUGAUGUUGAUUACUCAGACCAAAAGGAGUAUUUUCAUUCUUCAGCUCUGUUUUUGUCCACUAGUGAAAUACAGAGCAGCAGCAACCGCUGUUGUGAAAGUGGAGGACACAAUAAGCAAGUCAACCAGCAAAGGAGAAACUGGACAUAUAUUUAAGUCAAUGCCCUGUGGUUGUCUAAGUAGACAUUAAAUGAGUUCAGAAACAUUUGUUUGGACAUCAGAAAGCAUUGAAAGUGCCUCUACGCCAUUUAAAUGCUACAUCCUGCUUCAAAAAUAUUUCUUCACUCAUACUGCUGGACUGGCAACCUCUCAGCUUCCAAGCUAUGAUGCUAGGACUGAUGAUGUGUUGUCAUUGGCUGAAACCUUGGGUUAAGGGACACAGUGACCCCUUGCCUUCCUUUAUUUGAUGAUAAAGGAGUGUGCAUUGAAAUGGGGUUGUGCUGCCUUUUUGCCAUCACAACAGCCCAGCUAUACACUAUCAGCAAUUGUUUUUGCUGCAUGUUGUAACUCAGUACUACCCCAAAGAGAUCAGUGCUUGCUGUGAAUGACUUUUAAGACACCAAAUGAAGUCGUGCAGAGAAAAUAUCUGAUGCUUGUAUUGCUUUAUUUGGCUCUCAAACUCUUGUGAUUUUUGCUUUGUUUUGUUUUCUAUGUAUGUCUAUGUAUUUUUUUGUACCUGUCUGUAUAUUUUAUUGUGCAACAUUGUGACUGUUAACAGCCCUCAAUACCAUCUACCCCCCACCUCUUGUGACUAACAGACUAAACAGCAGAUUAAAAUCUUUGAAGAUUAAAACUCGUUUGGUACCAGCAAAGUCAAUCAAAGGGCUUUGCCCCCAGAACGUCAGACAGUCUAAGUAGAUGUGAGUCUGGACAGACUCAAGACUAAAUCCCCCUUCUCCAUUCUGAAGCUCUCGGCCUGCUUUGCCAUCACAAAGGGAGAAGGUAAGCAGGAUUACAAAAGGUAAAGAGAGAAGAAGUUGACUGAAUGCCUUCUGUUUCAGCGCUGCACUGAGUUUCACCUAGUUUAGAGUUCGCCUUAAUUACAGUAAACACUUGCAAAUACACCACAGCAAAAGAGAACUUAAAAGACUUUAUUUAUUCUUUAUAUACCCUGCAAGGGAAACUCUGUUUUAUCCCUCAACCAUAAUUCAUGUACAACAUGCUACUUGGCCUGGCCCACAACAAGCAAAGCAAAUAGUGGUUGUGUAUUGUGUUUCUCAAGAGUAAAAAUAGCCUGCUCGGCAUAAUGCUGUUCACAAUUUCUCCUUGGCAAGAAGUGUCCCAGUUUUGCUUACUUGCACCUAACCAGACUAUGGAAAGGCCAAACGCACAGCAUGGUGUUUAUAUUGUUGUGUAGAGUACAAUGAGACAAAAGUGGAAGAUUCACUGGAAGGUUAUUAUGCAGGCAGAGUGCUGAGAUCCAAAUCUGUGAAUACUCAAAGUAACCUUUUGUGUGUGUGUGUGUUGUAUGUGUGUGUCUCUGUCUGUGUGAGUGUGUGUCUAUUCUGUGAUAAUGCAAGUACAUGUUCUGACCUGUACAAAGAGCUGCAGACAUCAAGUUACUAUCAGUCACCCCCUCUAUGUGCCCGCAUGCCUAGGAGUACAUUAAGCCCCAAACAACUCUACCAAUAGACAAACACACCAAAGACACAUCUGUGAAUGUCUGCAAAGUUACCUACAGUAUUUCCACAAUUAACAGUUCCAUGCUAACAAAAUUCCCCAGAACCCACAAAAAAAAUCAAGCAAUGCAACUGGAAUAUUUGUCUGUAAAAUAGAAUACAUUGAAGAUAACCACAAUUAUUUUCGAUGUGAUUGUUAAUUUUUCCCUGUUUAUUUUGGGAAGCUCUGUGUUCAUUGUUUUUUUUUAAUUCUGUGAACUUAUUUGUACAAGUGGAAAAAGUGAUAUUAUCAUUAAAUGAAUAUCCGAA